UGGUGGUGGUGGUGGUGGUGGUGAUAGGAGAGGCGAGACGCCCAUAACAACUGACGCUGGUUUUGGUGCUGCUGAUAGUUCCUUCUCCAGUUCAGGCAGCCUAGCCCAUCUUCACCGAGCCAUCCCUGUAACUCUCGAUCUCUUCCAUCCUAAGCUCGCUUCUUCCCCAGUUGAAUUAGACAAACCCACUCCUCUGCCUUUAGGUUGGCAGAAGUUCCUCAACCUCAAGACCGGCGCCAUCUACUAUACCAAGGAAACGCAAAGCCGUGAUUCUGCAGAAACAGAAGCCAUGAGCCGCAACGGGAAAAGCCCAAAGCUAGACUUGAAGCUCAAUCUGUCACCUCCAAGGGCCAACCCACAAGUUGAAUCCCCAAAUCGAUCAUCCUCCUUGUCUUCGCCGAGCUCCUGUGUGUCAUCAGAGCUGAACCCAGAAGAGACUGUCCAUUAUUCCAACAGUCCUGAAGCGACCUCCAUGGUGUUGGUUGGUUGCCCACGUUGCCUCAUGUACGUGAUGCUGUCGGAGGAAGACCCGAGGUGCCCAAAAUGUAAGAGCACCGUGUUACUUGAUUUCCUUAGCGACAACAGUCACAAGAGCGGCAGCAGCAGUAAGAAUUCCAAGAAGACGAGGAACAACUAGAUUGAUUUCCAUUUUAACAAAUUGAACACCAGUAGUCACCUCCCCUUUUGUUACCAUCUCUCUCUCUCUACUGUCUUACGGUGGACGGAAUAUCUGCUUUUUUUUUGAUAAAAAAUAGUAUAUCUGUUUAGUCCUGCUUCCCUCCCUCUUCAGCUGAAUGUAACCGGGCUCACUGCAGCAGCCCAGAUUUUCUAAUGUGACGUUACGUACAUUUAACUUC